CCACGGGUACAUAUUCUCGCGUCCAUAAUAGGAUAGCUUCGAACAAGACUCGUAUUGUAUAAUAUAAUUUACCAAAUAAAACAUAUAUGCGUAUGCAUAUUUGUAAGAGAAGGGCAAAGGAGGGGAGUUGCAUCUUCCUCUUCCGUUUCGUCCUUUCUCCAGCUCUCUGCUUCUGCUCCUCUUUCUUCUCAAUCCCAAUUCAAUUCCGACACUAAAACAGCAUUGCCUGCUUCCCAAUUGGAUUUGGAUAUCACAUCGCAUCUUGUUUCCUGAUCGAUUGUCGGUUGUUCCCCUCUUCAUCUCCAUUUUCCAUGUCCAGGAGGGUGCUAUGCAAAUACUUUGCUCAUGGGGCUUGUUUAAAGGGGGACUACUGCGAGUUCUCGCAUGAUUGGAACACUCCAGCGAACAAUAUAUGCACCUUCUAUCAGAAAGGUAUCUGCUUGUAUGGCAGUCGAUGCAGAUACGAACAUGUUAAACCCUCCCAGGUGGAUUCUCAUUCAAUAUCCUCCUCAUCAAAUACUCACUCAAUAUCUCCACGUGAUGCUGUUGCUCAAGCUUGGCCUCCUAGUAUUGCAUCCCAUGGGGCCAAUUCAGUUUGCAGUGAUGAAGAGUCUUCUUCAUCGUAUAAAUCAUUAGGUCCUCCCACCACGCCUGCUUGGAACAACCUAGAUGUUCAACGCGAAGAUUAUUAUGAGGCCGAGGACGAUGUUUUGGAGUCUAGGAAGAAUGUUGAUCCUGCUGAUCGUCCUCUUUGUUCAUAUGCCGCGGUCGGAAAUUGUCCUAGAGGAAUGACAUGCCCCCAUAUUCAUGGAGACUCGUGUCCUAUAUGUGGAAAGCAUUGCUUGCACCCUUUCAGGCCCCAAGAGAGAGAGGAGCAUAUGGAUACAUGUCAGAAAAGGCAAAAACAGCUUGAGGCGCUGCAACUCAGUCAGGAAAUCGAAUGCAGUGUCUGUUUAGAACCUAUUCUUUCAAAGCCUACCGCUGCAGAACGGAAGUUCGGGAUACUUUCGGAAUGUGAUCAUCCUUUUUGUAUUACUUGUAUAAGGAAUUGGCGCAGUAGCUCCCCAACUCCUGGAAUGGACGUCAACAGUGCAUUAAGGGCAUGCCCGAUAUGUCGCAAGUUAUCUUACUUCAUCAUUCCAAGUGUUAUAUGGUAUACAACAAAAGAAGAAAAACAGGAAAUCAUCGAGAGCUACAAAGCAAAACUCAAGUCUAUUGAUUGUAAGCAUUUCGAUUAUGGGAGUGGGAGUUGCCCAUUUGGGACUAGUUGUUUCUACAAGCAUGCAUAUAGAGACGGAAGAUUGGAGGAAGUAGUGCUUCGCCAUCUAAACGCUGAGGAUGGACAAACAGUAAUAGCUAAAAAUAUAAGGCUGUCAGAUUUCCUCAGCGAUUUGCACUUGCGAUAAGUGGUUCUGUUCUGCUGGAAAUGCUGGGUAAGAUUCCAGACAUAUUUAGCUCGCUUCUGCUCUUGGUUUCCCUAUCUUCCGCAAAACGUAUCUCUUCGAAUUUUGCAGGGAUGUUGCAGUAAAGGAGGUGCAAUGCUGUUAAGUAAUUAGCAAUCAUAUGUCCAUGAGAUGCUGGAAACGAUCAAAUCAAUCGAUUUUGUGCUUUGGUCCUUGACUUACCUAUAGAAAUUCAAUUUUCAUUUGCUCUCUGACCAUGCAUUUGUGAGUGCAUUAACUAAAGUUUUCUUUCUUUAUCGGGAUCGAAUGCAGAUGAGACAAAAAAAAAAAAAGAUCCACCAGGGCUCGCCGUCAACAACUGAUAACUUUCAUCUGUAACACACACGACAUGAGCGCUCCAUCAACAACACUAAAUUUCAACUGCAGAUGAGCAAAUCCUAUCUUGCGAUGACUAUCUUGCAUUUUUUAAUGCUUCCUAAGUAUGUAUUCCUGAUUACACACAAAGGAAUAAAAAGGUCGACAGUAUAGUGAUUUGUAUGUUGAUCCUGCCGGUUGUUUCAAGGCAAUAAAGGUUUAUCAGUUACUGAGGCGGCCUUUUGUUCUUCGUUUGGUUGGUUUUGUGGUGGCUGUUCAGCCUUGUAAAGAACAUUUGAUUAGAACUGUUCAAUGAGGGGUGACCUUACUGAUAAAAUUUAAUUGUAUUAAUAACAAAGAAAUUACAGGGA